AGAAAGCGGGAAGAAGUAGAAAGUGAAAGUGUCGCCAAGCCUUCUGGGGGUGGGUUGAAACUUUGAAAACGUGGAUGUGUUUCAAUGCACCGCGUUGUGAAACGUAAGAUAAAUGGACAGAAACCAACGGUUUUGUUUAAUGAUAAGGGACAACCGUAUGAUGUGGCUGCUGCAGAGAUGCAAUCUUACAUUGGAGUUUUGGCCAGGACAAAAGCUCCAAUAUGGUUUGACACUUGGAGGCAAGUUCCGGUAACCAUCAAGAACAAGAUUUGGAAAUCUGUCACGUUGGGGUUCGACCUACCCCCUUCUGCACGAAAACUUGUGCUGCAGUCGGCGAAUUCGAAGUGGAAACAAUUCAAGAGUACCCUGACAUGUCGAUAUAUUCUUCCCUUUCGAGAUGAACCUGAGAAGCUGAGGACUCCAAUAGAGGACUUCUCUUUAUUGGAGAAGAAUCAUUGGGAUAUUUUUGUUACUGAUCGUCUAAGCCCCGAGUUCUUGACUAGAGCCACUCAUCUCCCUUCCCCUCCUUAUCCGAUCUCGCCGCAGACUCCAGAAAAAACCCUUUCACUCGUCCCCCUUCCAGUCAUCUCCCUUCCCCUCAUUCUCUCCAUUCCCAUGGCCCUCUCAUUCGAAUUUGUUGUUGGCGGCCAUGUAUCUGAGAACAAAGUAAUUUUCAUUGAAAGCGACGACGAUGGUGUGGACGAUUCGAAGGAGACUGAAGUCAUCUAUUACCAUGAAGAGGAAGAUGUCAUAAUCAUUGCUGGGACUGAGGAGACGCAGUUGAUGCUAGACGACGGCCAGAGGUAUGAGAUACUCGCAAUGGAGACUUCUCCGGGGAUCUACAAACCUUGGGAUCCGAAGACAGAUGUGAUGAAGUUCAUGCAACCCACUUCAUAUGUGAACUCUUCGGUCUCAGAGAUCAAUUCCAAACCCCUGUCUGGUGCGACGAUGAUCACACCGACCAAUAAUGACUUGCACCUAGCACAUUUGUGUUUCCUCGAAAACUGUGAUGAUGUCCAACCAUACUUUAUUGAACAUAUGGGUGCUUUGGUGAAAACGUAUCCACAACGUUCUAAUGAUGAGGAGUGGCUCAAGAACAAGCAAAACGAAACUUUCCCGGGCUGGUUUCGUAGAAAAAUUUCAAAAGACUUGCUUGUGGAGAAUAAUACGGUAUCAACGGAACUAAUGUGGAUUGCAGAAGGGCCUAACAAGGAUGUACCCACUUUCAAACAAUGCUCGUUGUUGUCUGGACAGGGGCAUGAAGAUAGGGGACGAGACAACUGCUGCAAUUGGGCAAAAUGGAGUGUUUCUCACUGUCUUGGUCAUGCCUGGGCUGUUUUUUUGGAGCUGAAGUUGAGACUGAGUCAAGCUGGACCUACUGCUAUGCCACUAGCAGCGGGUAAUAAAGAAAAGAAGAAAAAGAAGGCUUUGAAAGGUGAUGAAUCUAUUGUGGAUGGUUAUGGUGAUGCUGCUAUGCCAAAGCCAGGAGGCCAAGUUCCCAUCCAAUUCUCUUUGUGUGUUGUCCAUGCUCCAACGGGAUUUAGGGUGUAUGUGAAAGAUAAAUGCAUUGUGAUUGAAGAUAUUGAUUGGGAUAUUUACUUCACCAAAGAUUUGUUCGAGGAUGUCAUUUCCAAAGCUAAAGAACAGAAUAUAAGUCUUCCUAGGUUUGUUGGUUUUAGAUAUCAUCCUCCCUGGAAAGAAAUUCAGAAAGAGGCACUAGCUUCUGAUAGAGAUUGGAUUAAGAUGGUUGAGGGGGUAAUUGAUGAUGAUAAAGGAUCAUCUGAAGAUGAAGAAGAAGACUAUGAUUUUACAGGGAGUGAGGAGGAGUGUUUGAGUAGUGAGGCAGUUUCCUUGGAUGAAGAGUCAGAAAUGGAGGAUGAUUUUGAUCUUGAUGCUGACACUGCCCAUAAAAUGAUGCUGGUGAAAAAGCACCAUAACAGGGCUGGAGCAGCUUGGGUUGCAACUCACCUUCUAGAACACUUUAGAAAUAAUAAACAGAUGAGUGUGGUUACUGCCCAAAAAAUUAUUUUGAAGAAGUUCAGCACUCGCAUACCUGAUUAUACUUGUUGGAGGGCUCUUAGGGUCAUGAGGGGUAUGGUUGAAGGUAGGCAUGAAGAUGGAUACAAGAUGUUACCACAAUACAUGGAGGGUCCAUAUGAGGGAGUGCUCUUGACUGCUAUGGCCUUAGAUGGAAGCAAUGGUCAAUUUCCCUUGGCAUAUGGUGUUGCUAAUUGUGAAGAUGAAACAGAGUGGUCUUUCUUCCCACAUGGACUAUUUGUGGCACUUGGCUGCACAUCAGAUGCAUCCCCAUACACAAUAAUAUCUGACAUGCAUAAGGAAAUAAUAAAAGGACUGAGGAAUGCUUUUCCUAAAGCUAAAAGAAGGAUUUGUGUGCUACACUUUUAUAAGAACUUUGCUUCAAAGUUCUCAGGUGCAUGGUUCCAUUCAUUCUUCUACAUUGUGGCAAAUACUUUCUCAGAAUAUGUAUUUAAAAAAGCAAUGGAAAAAAUAAAAGAGGAGGAUGUUGAAGCCUAUGACUGGCUCAUGGACAAUGAACCACAUGAACAUUGGGCCAGACACAAAUUUGAUCCUGCAUUGAAGUGUGAUGACAACACAAACAACUUUGUGGAGUCAUUCAAUAAGGCCAUAAUAUCACACAGAGCCAAGCCAACCUUGCAAAUGCUAGAGGAGAUCAGGAAAUUAAUAGGGAAUAGAUUUGAAAAAAAGUUUGACUUAGGCAGGAGUUGGUGUACUACAAUAACACCUUAUGUAGACAAUAAGUUAAGGGUGCUAGCAAUGGAGUAUAGGGUAUGUUCUGAGGUUGUAGGAGCUGGUAGAGGUGAAUGUGAUGUAGUUGAUGGGAACACCAACUUAACAGUGAGGCUGAGAGACCAUCAUUGUGACUGUAAUAAGUGGCAAGUGUCAGGCCUUCCUUGUAAGCAUGCAGUUAGAUGCAUUCUGAGGAUGAAUGAGAACCUUGAAAACUACUGUGAAGAUUGGUUUUCAGUUGAGAAGUACAGAAGGCUUUAUGAUGGUAUAAUACAUCCUAUCCCAGAUCCUUGUAUGUGGGGUGAGAGCUCACUCCCUAAACUUGAUCCUCCUAAGGCGUUUAAAAAGAAGGGGUAGCCAAAGAAGCACAAAAGAAGAGAUAUAGAAUAUAUCCAAUCAAAAAGAGUAAAUCUUACUCCAACACAAAGGAGCGAUCAUGUAGUUCAAAUACCACAUGUAUUGUCAAAUAUGUAUGUUUUGCAAAACUCUAAAGUAAUUCAUUCACAAAUGUUAUGCCCUGGGCAACAGAGUCGGGGCGUUAUUACUCAGAACAUAUAUAGAAAAAUAAUGAACAUAUAGGUUCCCAUAAAAGUAAACUGUGUGGAAUUUCAGUAACAGGAAAAGAAAGAGAGUUCAAGGAUAGAGAGAGUAACAACACAUGCCAAACAUUCAAAGAAUGACAAGUAAAAAAACUACUCCCUC